UUUGAUAUGACACAAUUAUAUCUAUAAUCCAUUAAUCUUGAACGGGUUUGUAAUAAAGUUGCAGUCUUGAUUAAGUAAAGUGGGCAUGUUCUUGGAUUACUGUGCUAAACUAUAGUAAUUUCUAAUAAGGAAUUUUUGUCAUUUUUUAAUACCUAUAUAGGAGUAUUAUUAUAUUGUCUUGGAGAAAGAGGUGAAAGUCAGCACGCUUUUGCUUGUUGGAUCAGACAACGUUACAUAGUUGGUUGCGUGCAUUUUGUUCUAUUUCCAUUUCCAGUUUUAGAGCUACUUUGAGUGAAGAGAAUCUCUCUAGUUGCAUUUCUCUUGUCUCCUCCUCUUUCUCAUGUUUGUGAAAGGAUUUCAAGAGAGAGAGAAAAAUGGUGAUGUGAGAUGAUUCAUGAUUGACAGAAAAGAAAAAAACAGCCCCACUAUGCUCAAUCUGAGCACGCUCAAAAGUGUACCCAUAUAAAAGCAAAAUUGUAUUGCAUCUCUUUCCGCUUGAGGGGCCUUUCAUUUCAUUUCCACAAUUUAUUUUUAUUUUUCUUUCCAAAAAGCUUCGUUCUUGUGUUGGGCUUUGGGCAAAAGUCCGCAACCAGAAUUCUCCAACUGCUCUUCCUUUCGUGCUUUCUUCGAAAAAGAUAGGUUGUGGCUUCGUCCCCAUUUUUUUACAUCUAUCAAAAUGUGGGCUCUCAUUAGUUUAAGCUUAGGAUAAUCCCUUUUCUCCAAUCCCUUUAAAGCUUUGAUCUUUUUGCGCUGCUGUUGUGAUCUUGUUUGCAUAGUUUCUCACAUAGCCAUACACGCACAUCUCUCUCUCUCUCUCAUGGAGAAUUAUUCAAGAAAAGAUGAAGGGUGUCCUCAGCUGCUGGAUUUAAUUCCAAAAGACAGAGAAACAUGGGUUACAAAAAGGGCGGAAGAAAGAAGAAGCCAUGGAAUAUCAGAGGAGAAAAAGCUUGAGCUAAGGCUUGGUCCGCCGGGAGGAGAAUGGGCCAUCAAAGAAAGCAACAGCACUGCUUCUAGAGAGAGACUUCUCUCUCUAGGCCACUUCCCCACAAGCCCUUGUGCUCAAAAUCCAGUCUUGCAACCUCCAUCUCCAUGGCAGCACCACCACCUCCAUUCUUCAUAUCUCCAUCUUCAACCUGGGCAGGGACAGAUUGCUGUCAGCAAGGAAUCCUCAAAGCCCUGUAGCAAUAGAGCUGCAGCAGUAGAGCAUAGUGCAGCAGCAGAAAAGAAGGCAUUUUCAGCAGCAAAUACAGCUGUGCACAACAGCAGCGGCACUGCUCAGAAAAGAACUGCACCUGCUUCAGUUGUGGGAUGGCCUCCAAUUCGUUCAUUCAGAAAAAAUAUUGCAAGCGGCAGUUCUUCCAAACAAGCAUCAGACUCACCAGAAGCUGCUGCUUCUCCAAGCAAGGUUUUGACCCCGAAAUCGGGCGAAAACUGCUCAAGAACUCCCUUUGUGAAGAUCAACAUGGAUGGUAUUCCCAUUGGGAGGAAAGUUGAUCUCAAAGCAUACAACACUUAUGAAAAGCUCUCAUUUGCUGUUGAUGAGCUCUUCAGGGGCCUUCUUGCAGCACAGAAGAAAUCUUGCGGUGUUGGGAUCAAAGACGAGGGCGAUGGAGUGGAGAAAAUCGGAGGUUUGUUGGACGGGAGUGGGGAAUAUACCCUCGUGUAUGAGGAUCAUGAAGGCGACAGGAUGCUUGUUGGGGAUGUUCCUUGGCACAUGUUCGUCUCAACGGUGAAGAGGCUUCGCGUGCUGAAAAGCUCAGAACUGCCUACAUUGUCUCGUAAGCUCUCUACUUACAUUUCUAUUGAUAUCGAACUCCUCCCUCGGCAUGAAAAAGAAAAUAGAAAGUGAGAUAUCACGGCUUGGUUUUAAUGUAGGUGGACGCAAACAGGGGAAGCUCUCCAUAAACGUCUGAGUGUAGCAACUGUGGCUGUGAAUGGGGCUUUUUUGUGUUUAGUGUCGACUUUUCAAGCAAUGGUAUUCGUUGUUAUUGUGUUUUUUAUGGAUUCUAAUGUAUAUUUUGAAGACCAUAUAUAACUGAAUCUUCUUUUAAGUUGUUGAAACAUUUGGCCUUUUCUGGGUUUCGUAGUGAAAAGGUGAAACUCUAAGCCUGCAUGUAAAGAAUUUGCACCUUUUGUUUUGCUGCUUUGGACUUCUAUAGGGAUAUAUUAUCGGAGGUUUUUAUAUGUAAUUUUCUGCUGAAUGUUUGAAUGUUGAUAUCAAAUUUCGAAGAGGUUUUUAUA